AUGUCCUUCAAAAAGCUGACUUGGAAGACUGACGUCUCAAAUCAGAGUUUGGUCAAAUCCUCAGUGCAAAGGGCUAUUAGAGCCAAAGUGCUGGAAGCUUACCCAGCCUUGACUGAGCAUAUUGAAUCAAUCCUUCCCAAGAAAUCUCAGAUCGUUCUCGUCAAAUGUGUGGAACACAGGAAUCUGGUCACUGUAAACAAUGAAAUACUGUUCUUCCAAGUAUUUGAUGGUCCCUGGGUGCCAGUCCUUCGUAUUCUUCACAAAUAUCCAGACAUGAUGACCAAAGUCCAAGUUGACAAGGGUGCCAUCAAGUUUAUACUUUCAGGUGCAAACAUCAUGUGUCCUGGUCUAACGUCCAAAGGAGCUCGACUCGAUAUGUCGGCUCCAGAGAAUACUCCUGUUGCUGUAUACGCUGAAGGAAAGGAAUAUGCUGUCGGCGUGGGAAUCACUAAAAUGUCGACUGAUGACAUAAAAAAGAUAAAUAAGGGAAUUGGAGUAGACAACCUGCACAGUGUGGGCGAUGGAUUAUGGCUGGCCAAGAUGGAAUGA